AUGUUUCAAUUGUUAGAAACACAAUUAAAUUUUCGAAAGAAGAAAGAUAACUUUCUAAUUCCAAAUGGUGUUGCAUUAAAUCAAGCGAUUCGUGAGCACAUAUUUUCUAUUGUGGUUAGCGUAGCCACUAAAAUUGUCUUAUGCAUCAUUGGGACUCCUGGUCAAUCCAAAACUCUUAGUUUCCAAAUUGUGUUGCAAAACCUUCAAGGUCCUCAAUUGUCACCAAAAGAGUUCUGUAAAAGGUUGCCAUCAACUGAUCCGUUUUUCUAUCUUGGAUCAAAAUAUAGUCGAUCAGAUGAUAUUGCAACUGUGUUUGAUAGAGCAAUCAGACGAGAAUUACAUUAUGAAGAAAAUCGUAUGGAUACCCGAUGUGUUGUAUUUUUAGAUGAAGCCGGUUUACCAGAUGAAAAUAAAAUGGUACUAAAAGUCCUUCAUUCCUAUUUAGACGAUUCUAAAGUGGCCUUUAUUGCUGUUUCAAAUAAAUUAUUUGAUGCUGCAAAUGCAAAUCGUAUGAUGUGUGUGUAUCGUUCAUUACCAUCUGAAGAUGAUCAAAUGACACUGGCAUACGGAUGUUGCCUCGGAAAAAAAUAUCCAAACGAUCAAGUUCAACCGUAUUUAAAUUACAUUAUAACCGGUUUAUGUAAAGGUUAUCGUCAAGUUUUAAAAUCUCCAGAUAUUCCUCGUAUAUUUCACGACCGUGAUUUCAUCUAUAUGUUAAGAGAAUUACGUUUUGAAUUAAGUACGCCUGCAAUGGAUAUGAGAACAAUGACGGAUCCAAUUCUUCUGAUUAAUGGUAUAACACCGUUAAGUUUAUUGCGUGCAUUAGAAAACAACUUUAACGGAAUUAAACGAUCUGAAUUUGAAAUUUUAGUAAAAGUCUUUUUUGACUCUAUUCAACAUCAAUGCGGACAUCAGUUUGAUUUUAAAUUACCACAAAAACACGACUAUCGUAACACAAUAACAAUAUUACGCGAUUCGAUGAUGCUUGAUCCACUGAAACGACGUCAGUAUGGACGUUACAAAUUAGUUAUAGAUGAAAGUGAAGAUGAAUCAGCUUCACGUCUACUUUAUCAAGUUGGAAUAUUGGAUCCAAAUACGACAACAGAAUUUCGUAUGUCAGAUUUUAUUGAUGAUGUAAAUAAUGAAUUAAGAAAUGCUGAAAUAUUAUCAACAAUCAAAUUAUGUAUGGAAAGAGGCAAAACAAUAUCAAUGAUAAAUACUCAACGUAUACAUGGUUCCUUAUAUGACGUAUUCAAUCAGAAUUUUUCUAUUAUGGCAACAGGUGAAACAAGAAAAAUAUUUUCGAAAGUGGCUUUUGGUCCAAAAACAUUAGAUGUACCAGUGCAUGAAGAAUUUCAAUGUAUUGUACAUAUAAAACGUAGUGAAUUUAAAGAUAUACCCGCACCAUUUCUGAGCCGUUUUCAGAAAUAUUCUCUGAGUAUCGAUGACUUUUAUCGCAUACAACUCGAAAAAUUACCAAUGAAUAUGAAAAAUAUCCUGAAUAAUGUCGAACGUAAAGUUCAAUCAUUCAUUGACCACUAUGGUAAACAACACUUCUAUGGUUUAACUGAUAGUUCACUUUGUUCUAUAUUGCUCUCAUUUAUAAAAUUAAAAUCAUAUGAACAUCAAUUGACACCAUCUGAUUCAAAUUUAGAAGAACAAAAAGAAGAAGCAACUACCAAUGCAGUUACAACUGAUCCACAGUACAUACCACAAUCACUCCAUCAACCGCAAAGCUUGCCAACAUUCGAAGAUCCAGUGUCAAGUUGGUUAUGUAUGAAUUAUGUUUAUGAUCAAGAGCAUUUCAAUUUAGAAAAUUUUGUUCAGUUACUUGUUACAACUCAAAAUACAAAUACAAUAACAACAAAAGUGACAAUUUAUACUCGUACAUCAUCAUAUAUUUUAGGUUUAAAUGAGAGAACAAAAUCUCAUUUGUUCACAAACGAUAAUAGUUCUCGUAUUGAUAUCCUAAAUUUAUCCGUAAUUAAUAAUGAAAUUGAUUUAAGAGAAAAAUUUGAUUUAUUUAAAAAUGAUAAACAACAAGAUGUACUAAUUAUCGUCAUUAAUGCAAAACAUGGAACAAAUAGGGAACAUAUACCUUAUGUGAGAGAAUUAAUAGAUAAAACAGAAUGUACUAAUAAUAUAUUAAAUAAUUUAGAUUCAUUCUCAUCGGAUAAUAUCAUGCAUUUGAGAACAAUGAAACAACAACAACAAUUUCUUCGUAAAUAUUUCAUUAUGUUACUACAUUCACCAUCUCAAGAAAUAUUUAAUCAGUCAUAUUAUCCAAGUAUCUAUCUAUAUGAUUGGGAUUUUUAUUUUUUUGAUACUUGUACUCCAAAUACAGCAUUUCAUUUACAAAAAAUGCUCAGUAUAUUAUGCUCAUCAUCAAAACGAUCAAUUGAAGAACGUCAACAACAAACGACAAAUGAUAAUGUUUUAUGUGAUUUAAAUGUUUUAUUUGACGAAUCAAUAUGGGAAUUUUGUAGUCGUUUGGAAAUAUUAAUGAAAGAAUUACCAUUAGAAUUGAAAAAGUCAAAUGCUUAUGAUUUUUAUGAACGUAAUACAAAUAUUGCCAAACGAGUCAAUUGUUUAAAACAAAUAAUUCAAAAAUGUCCUCAAUUUCAACAACGUAUUGUUAACACAUAUCAUGAACAUUUAUCUAAAAAUAAUCAUUCAAUGUUUAAACUUAUUUAUGAAACAGCAAAACAAAUUUUAUGUGGACAACGAUUCGAUGGACUUGUAGAUUCUAUUCAUUUACAAAUAACAAAAUCAUUUACAAAUUUUAUGUCAUAUGUAUUAAAAAAUAUAGUUAAUGAUUAUGCUUUAACGAGUUUAUGGAAAACAUCAACAAAUGGUUUUGAAUCAAUGUUAAAUUUAAUUGAUUAUCUAUCAUUUGAAUCUGCAAACAAUCAAGGAGAUGACAUAUAUAAUCAAAAACAAAAUAUUGCAAUUCAAGUGAUUACACACUAUUCUUAUAUACCACUGACUCCAUUAUUUCAUCUAUUCCAUCAACGUAUCGAAACAUACGCUAAUGAAUUAAAAAUAAACAAUCUAUUGCAACAUACUCACUCGUAUAUAGGUAAAACGAAAACUUUUACUGAUCAGAAACAAAAUACCGGAUGCGCCAAAAUGAUUGCAACAUUCUUUAUUUGCAUAUAUCUCAUGACGGAACCUCUUGAGGAUAUAAAUCGCUUUUGAACUCACGAGGGAGGUCCACUAACUUAUAAAUCGUUUUCCAGUCGAAAUCUAAUUGACUAUAGGUAAUUAACCAUGCCGAUUCUGAAUACCAUCAUGACUGCUGCUGCUAGGUCUUCAAAGAUCGGUUUUCUGGAAAAAAGUUUUUUAGAAACUUUAAAAAAUAACCAAAACGGUUUGGUU